UAUACAAUCCAUGAUAUAUAUGUUUUUUUUUUGGGUAAAAAUUGAUGAUAUAUAUUAUCCAAUUACAAGGAGGGAUAUAAUUUUUAUCUACUAGCUAGGCGAUGUACCCAAAAGAUAGGGAUGAGGAAUCCCUAGGUCACAUGCUUAAAUCUCCUUGUAAGUUGUAACUCCAUUUUAAAGUUUAGUCAAAAUCCCCCAGCCUACUCCCACAACAACCAUUCCAAUAUAUAUAAAUUGACUCCUAACCAAAUACAAAUUCCCAUUUCCCAUUAUCCCCCAUGCUCAAAAAUCUUUUUGAGGCCCUGUUGAAAUGAAAGAAAAAGGAGUCCUACCAAUUUGAAAAACUUGAAUUUCCUCCUACCCUCCUCUACUAGUACUAUAUACCAGUGUGUUUCCUUUCCUUUGAUCUCUCAAAUCCCAAUAAUUAUACAAUGUCCAGCAGCAACAGCAGCAACAACAACAAGAAGAAAAAGAAUCAAUUCCUAAAAUCCAUAUUAUUCUUCAAAUUAGGCUGCAAUGGAGGUGGAUCAUGUGGCUGCGGGAGGCCAAAACUUUCUGAUGUACUUGAGCCCAUUCCAAUUCCCAAAACCUCCUCGUCCUAUUUAACCCUCCAAAAUUUCAACCACCCUCCUAAUCUCCUUCCUAACUCCUCAUCAAGCUCCUUUGAUAAUAACAAUAAUAGAAAUGACGAGGACGAAGAAGAAGAAGAAGAAGAUGAGGACUAUACUUGUUCCACAACCACAACCACCGUCGACUACGACUCUUUGACCAUUGAUGAUAACCAUGAUCAUGACCAUGACCAUCGUGGAUUAGUUCAUGAAAAAUGCAGCAUCAGCAGCACUAAACUCAAAGACAGCAUUGCAGUGGUGAAGGAUUCUGAAGACCCACUUGAAGAUUUCAAACAGUCAAUGAAGCAGAUGAUCUUGGAGAAGCAGAUUUGCUCAGAUGAAGAUCUGAAAGCGCUUUUGAAUUGUUUUCUGGAACUCAAUUCUCCAUUCCACCAUGAUGUUAUCCUACGAGCUUUCACUCAGAUCUCCAAUCAGAUUGCUCUCUCUCGGAGGAGGAGGAGGCCAUCCACCUCCACCUCCAUCUCUCAAGAUGAUCACAAACCGUCUGAUGAUCAUUGAUCACUCACAGAUUUUUGACACGUCUUGUGAUGAGAGAGAGAUAGAGAGAUAGAGAGAUAGAGAGCAUUGAAUUCUCACGUGGGGCAGGGUCUGCAUGGGAAGGUUGGAGAUUGAUUGUAACUUAAAAUAUAUAUAUAUAUAUAUAUAUAAUAUUAUAGUCAUCAUCAAUUCAUUGGGGGUUGGUCAAAAAUAUUAUGGCAAUAUGGCCGUGAAGGAAGAUAGAAUUUGUGGUGCAGAUAAAUAAGGUGUUAGGGGUUUAGUUUUGGUAACGCAUUGUUUAAUGAUAAUAAUGGUCAAUACUCAAUAGAGAGGUAGGGUCUAAUCGAUACAGAUUAAUGAUCGUGGAAUUAUUAUAGUUUUUCUAGGAUUUUUACCGACAUUCCUUGUAAGCCUUGGCAUUUUUGUCAUUAGAAUUUUUUGAAUGACUCUCUUACACUCAGAUUUAUUCUUUGAUACCAAAGGAUUUUGUUUCCAAGUCUGUUACAACGAAUAUACUUGUUUCUUGUUUUGUGCAUUUUUUAUUUUUUCAAU